AUGAUGGUCUGUUUCAGAUAUCUUUCUGCAGUCACCUCAGGUCGACCGUUACUGCAAGCUCUGAGUAUGAAUAGAAUAGCUGUUGGUCUUUCACAGACCUCACCGUACAAUACUUCAUCUAAUGAACCAACGCUAAAUGGAGAACAACAAAUUCUUCUCCAAUUACUGGAAGAAGAUAGCACAUCAGAUGCGAAAGCAGCCAGUGCUCUGUACUUCCGACGCAUAUUCACCUCUCGUUUGCCACGGGACGCAGUUGAUCCAGAAAAAUACACACGUCUGAACGGUAUUAAAGCCUUAAAAAACGGCGUUGUAUCGGGUACAGGCGAGUUCCGUAUUCAAUGCAUCUGGGCGUUAGGCAACAUUGCUGCCGACUGUGCUGAGUGCAAGAGGAAAUGUCGCGAAGCUGGUCUCCUUACCGACUUUCAGAUCAUAGCGAGGUUAUUAGCCCAACAAACUCAUACCGAACACAGCGAGGUGAAAAAUAUUGUGUGGUGUGCGAUGAACAUCCUGCGUGGAGGUGUUCAUAAUGGAGGUGUACCGAUUUCGACGAUAAAGCAGUUGACGACAUCGUUGACUGAGCUGGCAAAGCACUACAUCAUGUGCACAGAUCUGGCUAAGGAUUGCCUCUGGACGUUGGCAUCAGUUGCGGAUGAUAUGCACACGGGAAUACAGAUCGAUAUCGUGCUCGGUGAGCCGGGUUUGGUGGAUUUGGUGUUUGAGAUUCUGGAUUCGGUAAGGAUGAUGACAGUUUAUUCACAUGCUAACAACUUGCCCCUCAGUGACCUCCAUCACGGUGCGCUUCGUAUACUGGGCAACAUCAUCACCGGUAACGAUAUCCAGACAUCGGUGAUCGUUUCGCAUCCACGAUUUCUUGCCAUUUUGUUGCUGUUCGUGGAUGAAAAUGUGUACGCAAUGCUCCUCGAAGGUGUAGAAUCGUCAGAAAAAAAAUUCAAGAAGGAAUGUAUGUGGGCGAUUGCUAAUUUGUUUACUGGUGCAAACCGUGAUAGGAUUGGACUGAUGAUAGGAUCUGGUGUGUUCCUUGUUCUUCCGAAUCUUCUGUCAACGUCAGAUCCUCGACUAACCGAACGGUCAUUGAAUGCAAUGCGCUUGCUACUACUUGUAUAUCCGGAACAUGUUAGCUACGUUAAGAAUUCAAAUAUGCUGGACCGCGUGAGACCGAGUCUCCUUGAAAAUGAUGCGCAUCUGCAGGUGAUGAUAUUGGACUGA